GUAUUGAUUGUCUGCACUCUAUCUUCAUCCACAGGAAGUAAAAUAGUUAUACAAACAGGCUAAAUUCAGAGUCAAAUCGUAACCUAUGCGUAAUGCAAGUAGAUGUUUGUAAUCUGUAGAGAUUGAAGUUUCAAGUAAUUUUCAGUUCGACGUCCAAUGAGGUACUGAUGAUCAUCGGAAGAAAAGGAAUGACAAUGAAAAAGACAGAUAAUUCAAGUCGGUGAAGAUGAUGUAGAGUUCUACCUCACCACACAAGGAGUCCUCAAGGUGUCAUCAUUCCAUUGAUGUUGUGCUGAUUGAUAGAAACAUGACCUGCUAAGAUGGUUAAGUGAGAGUUUCAUCAAGUCACCUACAGACUUACUACCCCACAAUCGGGGGCAGUGGUGAUCGUCAUAUUUAAACAGCUAGCACCUCCUCUACAGAGCUGGAGUGAUGCAAUCAUUGGGACAGACAAAGUAGCAUAGCCCUGACUGUGCUUAAGUGAGGAAUAUCACUUAGUCUAACCAGAAGAGGAAAGAAAGAGUUAAAAAUGACGACAUUAUCAGACAUUUCUCGUGAGAAUCUGACCACUUACAAGUUGGUUGUGGUAGGAGAUGGAGGCGUGGGCAAGAGUGCUAUCACGAUACAGUUCUUCCAGAAACUCUUUGUAGCAGACUAUGACCCCACCAUUGAAGACUCUUACAUUCAACAUACUGAGAUUGAUGGUGAUUGGUGUAUACUAGAUGUGUUGGAUACUGCUGGUCAAGAAGAGUUUUCUGCAAUGAGAGAGCAAUAUAUGAGGACUGGUGAUGGUUUCCUUCUCGUCUAUUCAGUCACUGAUAGAGCCAGCUAUGAGAACAUGAAAGCUUUUCAUACUCAGAUUCUCAGAGUCAAAGACAAAGACUCGUAUCCCAUGAUCCUUGUUGCCAACAAAGUGGACCUAGUACAUCAGAGGAAGGUAACGGAAGAAGAAGGCAAGAAUGUAGCUGCAGAAUUAGGGCCUAUUCCUUAUAUUGAAACAAGUGCAAAAGAUCCUCCUAAGAACAUUGACGCAGCCUUUCAUGAAGUAGUGAGGGUAAUCAGGAGACAGCCCGUGGACUCGAAUAAGAAAGAUAGAAAAAGGGAUAGGUGUAUUCUACUGUGAUAUGCUUGUAAACGCAGGGUGCCAAACGGCCUGUAAAGGAGAAUGGGAGUUUUUAAAACCAGGGUGCCAAUGGGCCUGUAAAGGAGAAUGGGAGUUUUUAAAACCAGGGUGCCAAUGGGCCUGGAAAGGUGAAUGGGAGUUUUUACAAAUAGGAUACCAGUGGACUGAUUCCUCCAAUCUCAUUGCUGGAAGAUGAAGCAGACUGUGAAGGACAAGGUAUAGAGGAGUCUGGAUGAUAUGUAAUGAGUGCUCUCUGUCUGUCUGUCUGUCUGUCUGUUUAGUGAAUCUGCAACUCAGAGAGUAGAACUUGUAGCUGAGCUCAUAUUAACUGCUGUUUUUGUAAAGAUCAACCAUUAUAUGCAAAUUCUUUUCUGAGAACAUCAGUAAGCAAUUGAUAUUGCGAAUUAUUCAUUUCUUGAUCUCAUGUUUCCCUCCAGUGGAUUAUUGUAUUGUAAUAACUGUAGGGAAUGAUGUAUGCCAAAGUUGAGUUUUUAAUUCAGAUUCUCAAGCAGAGAAAUAUGUACAAGUAUAUAUACAAUAACUCCAAUUUCUUGGAUGAAUUUCACAGAAUAUAUGAUAUCAUGCAUUGAAAUUUGUAUUUCAAUGGACAAUUUGUAGUACAUGUAUACAAGGUCAUGAUUUUUAAUAUACACUUUAGGAGUAUUUAUACAGCUCUUAUUUUAUCUUCAUUUAUGUAAUGGAUGAAUAUUUAUGACCAAUUAUUUUCAUUAUAAGUGCAUCUGAAAUUAUAGAUUACAAUCUUUGUGUCUAAUGUCUGCAUUUUAACAUUAACACAAAAUGCCAAAUAGGGUAUAUGGUAGGAAAUGUUGGCGAGUAUAUUUUCUUCCAACAUAUCUAAUACUGUGUGGGUUUAUAACAACAAAGUUAAAAGAUGAGGAUAUGUUAUACAUACUAUGUAAUGACUUACAUACAUGUAUACAUUUAUUUAUUGGAAUUGAUACAUGAUUGUGAUAUUCUCCUUUUGUUCUUAAAACCAUACUCCUUUAUUAUAUUUCAGACAUACUUGUAUUUUACAAUAUAUAUGUCAGAAAAUAAUGUGCACACUUUUUAAAUUGCUUAUUGUUUUAAGAUGGAGCUAUAAAAUAUGAAAUGAUUUGAACCUGAGUAACAGAAUCAUUCCUCCUGCGUUUUUGUGGGGUACCAUCUUUAAAUUUUGGUGAGUACGAUUUAUAUGUUUUUUUGAAUAUUGUAACUUCUUAUUUUGUAAUCUGUAAAACUGAAACAAUUCAGCUAUCUAGCUGCAAAGUUCUAUAACUCUUAAUUCUGAAAUGUUGUAUCUUACCAUUUAUGUUGGGCUGUUCUACAUGGUUGGCUGUACAGAGGUCAGUGUAUGGGAUAAUGUCAACUCCAUUUCUAUCAACUCCAGGCCACGCCUUGCUCUUACCCUUUUUAGAUAUGAAGUAUAUUGACAAUGUAGCCCUCGCACAUUACAACAUGUUUGUAAUUGAAGCAAAAAUGUGGUGUUAUAACAAAUUCUGGAUAACAUGAUUUAUAAAACCAUGAUUGAAUUGAUCAACCAACAAGUCAAUUUCAGAGACAUCCAAGUGGGAAAUAUUUAUCCUUCAAAUUGUGAAUAUGCCAUUGAUUUGUUUUGGAAGUGUUUGCAAUAUUAUAUCUAAGAUAAUAAAGGGCUGAAGUAAGUCUAUGAUGCUAUCAAGUGAUAAGAUAUUCCUUUCAAGAUACCCAAUAAAAUAUUUAAAAAACUUGUUGAUUAUCUAAGAUAUGUGUGUAACAUAUUAAUAUGCCAUUAAUUAUUAUAUCUUUAGUGAUUUUCAUAUGAAUUGAUGGUUACAAUAAUAGCAUCAAGUCUAAGAUGAACAUAUGUAUUAAGACAGAGGCAAGAAAACACCUGGCGUUGGCACGAAUGGAGUUUGACAUAAACACAUGCAAUUGAACCUUCUGCAGUCUGCCAUGAAGAGUUGUCCAACAAAAAUAGCACCAAAAGAAGCAGGAAGAAGUUCUAUUUGUAGCUCCAUCUUGCAACAAUGGGCAAAUUAUGAAGUGUGUAAUUUUUCUUUCUUGCUCUGUAUAAGUUGUUGAAGGGUCUGAUUGAAAGCUAUAUCUGAGAGGAUUAUAGGAGAUAAAUAGAGCUUUAAUAGUGACCUUAAUUUAACUCACAAUGUGGAGUACCGGUAGUAAGAAGACUGAAAUACUGAAUGGAAUUUGUUUUUAGUUUUUGUCUAUAAUUUAUCAAAACAGUAAAACAAAUAUUUGAUUAAUGGAUUUAAAGAGUUUUUAUUCUUUGUAGAAAGUUGGCUUUAAUGGAAAAAAAAAAAAAA